CCCCUUCAGGCCAAGGGGACGGUUCUCGCCGCCUUUGUCACUUUGUUUAUCCUACCCACGCCCCCCCCGCUUCCAAAUGCUUUCAAUGGAAGAGGGAGUUACGUUUCAUUCCCGCCUUUGAAUUUUAAAACCCAAAGAAGCAAAGGAGAGGGGGGCGUCUCAAGCGUCCAAUGGAUAGAAAUGGUUGCAAACUUCUCCGUUGAAGAAAUGCAAGCCAGUGAAGAGAGAGCUCCAGUAAGGAAUGUGAAAGAGGAAAAUGAAGAUGUUGUUGACAACGCAGAGCCAGGUUCUGAUGAUGAAAGUUCUGCAGAAUCUGAUAAGGUGGAGUCUGAUUUGGACACAUCCGAGGCAGAUUCAGAUCCAGGCACAGAAGACACAGAAGAUCCUCAGUUGUUAAAUCAGGAACCAGAAAACUGCAGCACUGAAGAGACAGCAACCACAAAUCCACACCCAGGCUUAUACAUCAAGUCACCAUGUCCAUUCUGUGACAGACAUCAGAAUCAAAACUUUGAACAAGUAACACCGAGACACAUCUCGGAGGAGCGUUUCUGUUUGAAGUUGGAGCACGAAGGAAGCUAUCAAUGUGUUGCCACCGGCCUGGUAUUUGAAGUGACAGAUAAAGUUGACAUUAUUUACUCAAUUCUGUCCUGGUGUAAAUAUGACACCUUUCUGAAAGACAACUGGAAACUCUGUGGCCCACUGUUUGAUGUGAAGAGUGAUCCCACCAGACUAAAAAGCAUUUACUUCCCUCACUCUCUCUGCUUAGCAAAUAGCUCAUCUGAUUUUAAAUUUAAAAUCUUACACAUAAAGGACAAGGGUGCUGAAAUAGAGUCAGUUACCGAUCAUUCAAUAUCACAUGUUCAGUGGAAUGUGAGUUCUUUGUCGCCAGUUGGCCCAAUAUUCCAGACCACCACCCAGGAUGUGGAACAUCAUGGAGCGGUGCUGAUUUACAAAGUCAUUAAUGGCCAUCAGUCCUUAUUGUUUCACGUGUAUAUAGCAGCAAACAAUGAUUCUGUAAUUAAGGACAUCAUAAAGGCCGAGAAACACACAAAACAAAAAUCUGUGAAAAUUGAUAAGCCCACAGCUUGCAAGAAAAAGCUGACCAGCGGCAAAACAUAUCGACUCCUGAGCGAACCGUCCGCAGAGAUAAUCCCUGAGGAGAUUGAAUUCAUGGACAUGACAUCUUUUAAAUGUAAAAGCUACUUUGAAGUAUAUUUAGAACAAGGAGAAGAUCUUCAGCUGAAACUAAUGGACAAAGAGUCAGAUGAAGUCAUAUGGACAUCCAAACUGCGGGAGUGUGACUGGCCGAGCAAUAAGCAGAAUGAACCAGCAAAACAAAGAAACAUUAACAAAAAUAGGAGGAGAAGAUCAAGCUGUGAAAUCUUUGCGGAAGAAACCAAUGUCAAAAAGCCACGUGUGGAUAAUACUGCAGAUGGAUUAACGUGCAAAAGGAAUAAUUAUAUCACUGAUAAACAGUUAAUGCAGUUGGCUGAAAAACUGGGAAAUAACUGGCAGAUUUUUGCAAUAAGCUGCCUCGGCCUCGAGUCUCAAGAUGUUAUGACAAUUAAAAAUGAAAAUGAACUACUUACAAUGCAGAUAUUUAUCAUGUUGCAAACAUGGAGGAAUAAAGAAUUGAACAAUGCAACUCCAUCAAAUCUCCACGAAAAGCUCUCCCAAGCCAACAUCGCAAGUGAUGCCCGGAUAGUUCUAGAAGGUUUUUGUUAUCAAGAAAAGAAUGACGAAGGACCCCAGGAAUAGAGGCAAAAACCUUCAGGGUCAAUAAUGUAAUCGAUGACUCAAUUAUUCACAGUUCACCAUUUUGGAAUACACAUCUGAGACGAAGGCAAAGGUUUAUUGUCCAUCCUUCCCUAUCCAUGAGACGGUUUUGGCAAAUUGACUUCUUGAACCACUACAGUCCAAGUAGUUUGUGUGAUUGGGACGGCCAAGAUUGUGACCCAGCAAUGAUGGAGAAGCAGUGAAUGUUUCCUCAUUACAUUAGCAAUUGGCCUGGAGAAGAGUGGCGAUCCCAAAAAAACAGUACUUUAUCUAGCUGGUCGAAAACAGAUUUUAUGUAAUACUGCUGAACAAACCUUGCUUUAGUGCAUUGGGGAUGGUAUAACCCCAGCUGUCGUGAACCAGUGUUUGAGGGACUAUUCAAGAAACAAUCAAAUUGCUUAGAACUUCUUGUGCGUUGUUGUGGCUGCAUUCAAUCAUCCCAUCACACUCUUCCUGAAUAGGGUUUUUUGAUGGAAGUGAGGAAUCGUUGCUUCAGAUAUUGCUUCAGAUUUACUCUUGUAGCUGAAUCAGUUAAAACUCCACUCAAUAUCAUCCCCCUGUGAGAUACAAGGAACUGCAGAUGCUGGUUUACAAAAAGGGACACAAAGUCUGAAGAAGGAUCCUGGCCCAAAAUGUCAUCUCUCCAUGUUCACCAGCAAUGCUGGUUGGCUCCUGAGUUACUCCAGCAUUUUUGUAUCUGUUUUUUAUUCCUCAAUGAUGGUGAUGGUGGUAGAUCUGACCAUGAUAAUUUCAUAGAAUGUCAAGGGGAGGUGAUUGAUUUCACUUU